AUGGCCGCGGCCUUAGGGAACCUAUUGGUGGAUUAUAUUCAGAAAAGGCGAAUAAGGGCCGAUGUGCAACAGGGAGAUACUGGGAAGGGCAGUUUCAGCGAAAUAUUCUGGGGGGACGUUAAAACAGUAUAUGACGCGUUAUUGGAUGCAAUGGAGGCACGCAGGGAUGAUAUAGAGCCCUUGUGCUCAUCUAGCGAGCUGCCUGAGCACAUGUUUACACUCGGCACGGAGGCUUCAUCCUUAUGCGAGGACAUCAUGAAGGCCGCACAGGGUAUCAUGCCCCUGGCCAACGUGGACACCAGUAAUAGUGCAUGCAACGGAUUGGAUUUCGAUACACUACAAAUAGGGCACAAAUUGGUAGGAGCAACCAUUAAGGCAUGGAUACACAAUGACAGUACUCGGUGGCACGAAAUCAUGGCCGAUUAUGUGCACGACUCUUGUGCCAAGGACACAUCAAUUGCGGCAGAAACACGCAGCACGCAGGAUACACACGCAGAGAAAGAGCCACAGGGUGCACAAGGGCCAAUUAGUCUGCACGAUUUAAACCAGUUGGCCGCUAGUAAAGAUCAAUUAUCCAAGCACGACGCGACAACAGUGUUGAACCAGAUACAGGGACUGCCUGAUACGGAUACUAUCAUGAACAAGUUGAAACACGCAAUUGCAGCAGUGGAAUCGGAGACAAACAAAACUGUGAGGCCAGGAGACAGCACACGAUCCCCAGGCACACAGACAACAUCAUCAUCAUCCGGAUCAUCAUCAUCAACAGCAACAUCACCGGGCAGGUCCGAAACGGGUAAUACAGACACUGCACUUGGCAGCGCCAAACCAGCACAUAAUGCGGCGGCAACACCGCAGGCACCGACAGCGAGCAUCGUUCAAGACGGCAGCGGUAGGGGCGACGAGGCACCGGAGACGAGAUGA